AUGAGGAAAGAACAAGGUGUAGUAGCUGAGUCAAAAGCCCUCGUCUUAGAGUAUCGUGGAAGAACUAGCAGUAGAAAAUUCCACAGGCGAGACAAGUCAAAGGGCAGCUCAAGAGAUGACUCGAGAAGGAGGUCCAAGACAAGAAGGGACCUAGAAUGUUACCAUUGUGGCGAGAUAAGCCACAUGAAGAGAAAGUGCAGGGACUUCUUUACAUACUACACCAAUGGAGAAUUUGGUAAUAUGAGGAUGGGAAAUGACAAACUGUCCAAGAUCAUGGAUGUGAGACAUAUUCCAAACAUGCGUCUUAAUCUAAUCUCCACGAGAUUACUUGACGAAGAAGGAUACACCAAUGUCUUUGCUAAAGGGAAAUGGAAACUCAGCAAGAACUCUCUUGUCCUAGCACUAGUACUCUUGGUAGUGCAUGAUAUUUUGUUACCUUCAUUGACGAUCAUUCCAGGAUGGCAUGAACGAUCUAUUCCGAAGACUCCUCAGCCUAAUGACAUAGCUGAGAUAAUGAACAGAACAAUUGUUGAAAGUAUUAGAACAAUUCUAUCUCAUGAUAAGCUGCCCAAGAGAUUUUGGGGUGAAGCUCUGAUGACUACGGUUGAUCUAAUCAACAGUUCUCCUUUAGCACCUUUGAAUGACAAGAGAUCGAAGCUCGACGUGAAGUCUAAAGAAUGUAUCUUCGUGGGAUAUGGGAAUGAAGAAUUCGAUUACAACUUAUGGGAUCCUAUAGCUAGAAAGAUUAUCAGUAGUAGAGAUGAUGUCUUCUUUGAAGAUCAAGACAUUGAAGACAUUCGAAGAGGUGAUAAAUCUAAUAAUCCUAGAGAAUAUCCAGCUAACUUGGAUCCAGUUCCUCCUUCCUUGGAGCGGAAUGACAGGGGAGAUGAUCCAUCUAAUGAUCCUAUUAUUAAUGAACCAGUUGAUGAUGACAUGAGUGAUGGUUAUACAACUAAUGGUAUAAUAGAUGAUGUAGCUAAUGGGGGUCAAGAAGCACAAACCCAUGAAGAGUUAGCAAUCGAAUUCCAUCCAAGAAGAUAA